AUGGCUAUAGACGCCAAAAGGAGACCAGGGUAUAUUAAUUCCAUGUUGAGCGACGAUUUACUUGCCCAAAUCCUUAACAAGGUCGACCAGGAAGAAGAUAGAAAAUCAUUCUCCGAGGUGUGCAAGCAAUGGUUAACAGUCGAGCGUCUAAGCCGAACAUCACUGCGGGUUCCCCGACCCAUGUUCCCAUUUCGGGUACCCAUGUUCCCAUUGGAUCUACUGACUAAGUUCCCAAACUUGGUCGAUUUCAGAACAACACGGGAGCUUACCAAAAAAAGAAAAAGGCGAAAUAAACAAGCAUGGUUUUAUCCACCGACUGACACCCGACUCGAAUUCAUUGCCAAAACAUGUCCCAGACUCGAGACCUACAUGGCGAGCUUUUAUGAAACUAGACAUGUCCAAAGUGAUGGUCAUUUGGGGACGAAAGGUCUACGAGCUUUGGCAAUUGGGUGUCCUAAAUUGUCCAGACUUAUGUUUCGGGGUAGCAAGGUUGUAGGGAAUGCUGGAGUUGAUGCGCUUUGUCAAUCAGCACAUAACUUGAAGUCUUUGCAUUUGGCGGACAAUCGUCUCAUCUCUGAUCAUGCAUUUAGAGCAAUUGGGUCGUCUUCCAUAAGCACGUUGGAGUUAACAUGCUGUCCGAAUGUUACUGAUGUCGGAUUGGGAUUCCUGGCAAAUGGAUCUACCUCUAAAACCCUCAGGAAAUUGAUUCUUCAGUAUUGCCGUGGAAUCACCGAUACUGGGAUCCAGCAUUUGGUCAACUUGCGUAGCUUAGAGCACCUCGAAUUGGCCGGCCUCAGCCCUGAUGUGACUGAUAUCGGAGGUGUGGCAAUCUCGACAAUUCAAACCCUCAGGGAAUUGAAAUUGAGUAACAUUUGUAAGUUGUCAGACCGUACAGUUGUUGCUCUUGCUGAGAAUUGCUGCAACUUGGAAGUACUUGUUUUGCAUCGAUUAGGUUUAGGGGUGAUUGAACCUGUACCCGGAGAUGGAAUUCAUGCAUUUUCAAGACAUAAAUGCUUGAAAUACCUUGCAUUGUAUCAUUUAGAUGAGUCUGAUGUGGAAAUAGUUCUUGGAUGCCCCUCAUUGGAGUCUCUGGUGUUAGACAAGUCGUUAAUUGGUACUUUCGGAUUGAUGCAUGGGAACAGCGCUGGAAGAGUGGUCAAAUUUGAAUCCUUUGAUAAACCCCUUCUCCAUUUCAUCCCCACAGUGUGGUAA